UUAUUUAUGCUUGGAAGUAACAGAAAAAGUUCAGCAAGCUUAGAAAUAAGGGAUUGUGGGGAAAAUGCUCAGCAAGUUAGCUUAUCCUUGUCGGAGUUUUGAAGAAUAGGAGCCAAUCAUGUUUAAAAGCUCCGUUCUUGAUUGCACUUAAAACAAAUAGCGCUAGGUUUCCGCAUAUUGGAGGAAUCAAGAGUUGUGGAGCUGGAGCUGGAGCUGGAGCGGGAGCAGGACAACAGGUACGGAUCGGCCAUGAUCGAUUCAAUGUCAGAUAGACUGGGCGGCGGACUAACCCUCCUCGGAAUCAGGCCGAUCGCGCCAUCCCUUCACCCGCCGACCCGGAACUGGUGACGCACACUUCCGCCGGAGUUCGCGGGCUCCGGGAAAAAUGGCGCUGCCGGCGGUGGGCAGGGACUAAGGGGCGGCGAGCGGUGCGGGCAUGGCGAGCUUGGAUCACAAGUCGCCAAACCUACUGUUGCAGAGUCUGUGUUGCCGGAUUCUUGGCCGCAACGAGGCUGAUGUGGCUCAACAAUUCCAGUAUGCUGUGCGAGUUAUUGGAAGCAAUUUUGCUCCCACUGUGGAGCGGGAUGAAUUUCUUGUGGCUGAAAAAAUCAAGAAAGAAAUGGUGAGGCAGAGAAGGGAGGCAGAUGCAGCUUUAUUUUCAGAACUUCAUCGUAAGCUGCAGUCACAGGGUAUAAUAAAAAACAGAUGGGCUGUACUCUACCUCCUGCUCAGCCUCAGUGAGGAUCCACGUAAACCCCUGAGCAAGGUAGCUAAUUAUGCGGCAUUAUUUGCGCAAGCAUUACCAAGAGAUGCUCAUUCUACUCCUUACUACUACUCCAGACCACAGUCUCUUCCCCUGACUUAUUCUGACAGGGCUGCUUCCUCUCAAAGUGUUGGCAGCAUGGGAAGUAGUGGAGUUGGCAGCCUUAGUAUUUAUGGCUUAAAUGGGCCAACACCAACCCCUCAGUCAUUAUUACCAGGACAAACGUAUCAAAGUACAGCAACAGCAGAUGCAAUGAGACAGCAGUUAGGAUCGCGGCUUGCGUGGGCAUUGUCUGCUGCUCAACCCUCAUCAUUAUCUACCUCAAAAGGACUUCCAGGCUCAAUGUCUCGGAAUAUGUCAAGGCUGAGACGUGAAGGUGAUCUUGGCUCAUCUUCAGAAGUAACAGAGGUCGCACUGGUCAGAGAUAUUCUUUAUGUCUUCCAGGGAAUUGAUGGCAAAUGUAUCAAAAUGUGUAAUUCUGAAAACUGCUAUAAAAUUGAUUCCAAGCUGGGAAUAUCAAAAUCUCUGAGAGAUACAGUGAGUAGAUUAGCAGAACUUGGAUGGCUUCAUAACAAAAUAAGGAAAUACACGGACCAGAGAUGUUUAGAUCGUGCCUUUGGCCUUGUGGGGCAGAGUUUUUGUGCUUCCUUGCAUCAGGAGCUGAAGGAAUAUUACAGGUUACUUUCUGUUUUACAUUCCCAGAUACAAGUAGAAGAUGACCAAGGUGUGAAUGUUGGACUGGAAAGCACUCUAACGUUGCGGCGCCUACUCAUCUGGACGUAUGAUCCCAAGAUCAGACUCAAGACACUUGCAGCCCUUGUUGAUCAUUGCCAAGGGAGGAAAGGUGGAGAAUUGGCAUCUGCUGUCCACGCUUACACCAAAACUGGAGACCCAUACAUGAGAUCAUUGGUGCAGCAUAUCCUGAGCCUGGUAUCACACCCUAUACUCAAUUUCCUCUAUCGCUGGAUUUAUGAUGGAGAGUUGGAAGACACGUACCACGAGUUUUUUGUAGCUUCUGAUCCGACUGUGAAGGCUGACAGAUUAUGGCAUGACAAAUACACUCUGAGAAAAUCAAUGAUUCCAUCCUUCAUCACGAUGGAUAAAGCCAGAAAGGUGCUUUUGAUUGGGAAAUCCAUAAAUUUUUUGCAUCAAGUUUGUCAUGAUCAAACUCCAACAGCAAAGAUGAUGGCAGUGACAAAAUCAGCUGUUUCACCAAAAGAUGCUGCUGAACUGUUCACUGAUUUGGAAGGUGGUUUUCAAGAAAAAAUUGAUGCAGCGUAUCAUGAAACUAGCAAAUACUUGCUCGAUGUACUCAACCGGAAUUAUCAUUUGCUGGAGCACAUUAAGGCAGCACGACGUUACUUACUCCUGGGUCAGGGAGAUUUCGUACGUCACCUCAUGGAUUUGCUUAAGCCUGAGUUGGCGAGAUCAGCCUCAACACUGUAUCAACACAAUCUGACCGGAAUCCUUGAAACUGCUGUUCGAGCCACAAAUGCACAGUUUGAUAAUCCUGAGAUCCUCAAACGCCUGGAUGUUAGACUCUUGGAGAUAUCGGCUGGAGAUACAGGAUGGGAUGUGUUCAGUUUGGAUUAUCACGUUGAUGGCCCAAUUGCAACAGUGUUCACGCGAGAAUGUAUGAAUCAUUAUUUAAGGGUAUUCAACUUCCUGUGGCGAGCUAAACGAAUGGAGUAUGUUCUCACUGAUAUCUGGAAAGGACAGAUGUGUAAUGCUAAGUUGCUUAAAAACAUACCAGAGCUAUCAGGAGUGCUUCACCAGUGUCACAUUCUAGCAUCAGAAAUGGUGCACUUUGUACAUCAGAUGCAGUAUUACAUCACUUUUGAGGUAUUGGAAUGUUCCUGGGAUGAGCUGUGGAAUAAGUUGCAACAGGCACAGGAUCUUGAUCACAUCACUGCUGCUCAUGAAACUUUCCUUGACACAAUAGUCUCACAAUGUCUGCUGGACAGCAACUCUGAAGAACUGUUAACACAGCUUCGAGCACUAUUUGAUCGAAUCUUGGAGUUUCAGAGUGCGCAAGAGUCCAUGUAUCGUUCGGCCCUUGAGGAAUUACAUCAUCGGCUGCGGUAUGCAGAAUUGAAGAAGGAAAGACAGGCAGAGGGGAAGUGGGGAACGACAGCAGCUGAAGAGGAGGCAGAAAAUAAGAGAAUUAAUGAAUUCCAGCAGUUAAUUCCGAAGAUGUGUUCUCAGAUACGUGUAUGCUCACAUUUUUACCAGGAUAUUGUCCAACAAUUCCUGGUAUUAUUGACAAAAAGUCCUGAUGAAAGUCUCCGUUUCCUUAACUUCAGACUGGACUUCAACGAACAUUAUAAAGCAAGGGAUCCUCGGCUGCGUGCUUCACUGGGCAGUACCAGGGGCAAACGCAGCUCAGCAAUAUUCUGCUAGACAUUAAGAACUGCAGUUAAGAAACAGAAGGAGCUGGACCUGAUGUGGAUCAUACUGCCUCUUGGUCAGAGAGGCUUCGGAGGAGUUAGUGCACGAAGGAGGCUGCAGACUGAUAGCGAGUGACCAUCUUUGUUACUUUUCUUAUAAUCCCAAGACCCUUUUGGACAUUGCUAAUACUGCAAGUCUGAUUCACUGGUUUAUUGGCGGACAGUGGGGAGCUGUGUGGUCGUGCUCGUAGUGAGGAGCUAGGCCUCAAGCUGCAAUGUGGUGUUACAAGAAUCACCCCUGUUUACAGCUGCCGGGGGAGAGGUGUCAAAGCUGGUGAGUUCCACUGGGUGCGAUGUGGCACAGCGUCGGGGCUGGAGUCAGUGCUGUGCCCCGAGUGUUCUCUCAGAGAAGACGAGCUGUAUUAUGGCCAACGGAUUUCUGUGGCAUUCAAGGACUCGGGGUGUCAAGCUACGGUGUUACCUGUUCACAGCCACCAGGAGAGAGGCUGCAAGAUUUAAUGUGAUUAAAAGGAUCGCGAGGCCCUUUUAGACAUUGUAGGUGUGGAAUGUUGCAAGUGUGAUUCACUGGUUUGUUGGCAGGGGAGCUGCUUGGCCUUGGUCACAGCGAAGACUAGGCCUUAAUCUGCGGUGUGGCCUGGAGAGAAGUGUCAAAGCCAGUUUGCUUCACGUGAUGGGGGCAGGAUGGCAUGGGGUUCAGGCUGGAGUCGAUACCGCCCCUCAGUGUUCCUUCGGCAGAAGUCGAGCUGUAUUGUGGUAGACUGCAGAUUUCUGCGGCAUCCACGGACUUAGGGUCUGGACCAUUCUUUUGCGUGACUUUUUUACCGAUAUCCUACACAUGCCUGCAUGUAUCUUGUAUGUGCUUUGUGUGACUCUUGGUACUGUAUUCGUAUAUAGUUAAAUGACAAUUAAAUUGAA